AAGUCCCGUGGAGGCUGUUCCACCUGCAAAUCAAAACAUUUGAAAUGCGAUGAAUCCAAACCUUCUUGCAAGAGAUGUCAAGAACGCGGAGUCAUUUGCACCGGUUACACUCAAAGCAUCAAAUGGCCCGCAAAAAACCAGUUUACUCUAGGCAUGGUCGGCCAGAGUAAGGCACGACCAAGACAUCAACAGUCCAUAGCAAAAAAAGGUGCCGGCGGGAAACCCUUCAGGCUCUUUGAAAAUCCCAAUGUCGAAGACAACAUAUUCUCAGGGCUGGAGAAUCUGAGAGAUGAAGACCUUGGUAAUGAAGGCCUAUGGGUGGACUCUUCUUUGCUCAACGGCGAAAUCGACCUUUCGGCAACCUCGGCGCCUUUCCCUUUGCUGACUGGCACAGUGGGCUGCUCUCAAUUAACCGAUGACCAAUUUACCCAUCUCACAACCUCAGAAUUCACGCAGAGUGCCUCACAGAUCAAUCUCGUUCCUAGGAGCAGUCCUAUCAUGACCCCAGUCGACGACUACCAGGGUCAGAGGCCUGUAAAGGCUGUUAGUGUGCCCAGGCCUGCUCUUCGUCACCUAUCGCACGAGGAAACAGAGCUAUGCUCCCAUUUUUUCAAGGUCGUGAUUCCACUAUUCUGCGUCUGGGACAACGUCAUCAAUCCUAUGCGGACCAUGAUUGAUUCCCUUUGGCAGCAUUCAGCGCCUCUACAGCAUGUCAUUCAAAGUAUGAGUGCUGCUUGUUUGUCCAAGUCGCUCCCUCGAAUGAAGGCAAUUGCUUCUCUGGAACAUAGGAAGGCAUGGGCUUGUCUUAAAGACUGCUCCAAUCAAAGUUUAGCCCAGGACGAUCGACUCAUAUCUGCAUGGCUCAUUGCUCACACAUAUUCAUGGCUACAUCCACAGAACCUCGGCCUCGACAUCUUCGAUCGUAUUAAAUCUAUCGUGUUCAAUAUCGACUUGCGUGAGCACAACAUUGAAACAUCCUUCGGAUUCUUUCAGAGUGCUAUGAUCUAUUCCGACAUGCUUCUCGCAUUCAUGCGAGGAAGACCUGUUCCCCCCGCGCCACAAGUUGGACUUGACUCUUCUUAUCAAGAUAUUACGGAGCCAUCUCACCCGUGGCUCGGUAUCUCGUCCGAGACUGCUCAGCUUGUCACAGAGGUGGGGUAUGUGAUUUACGAACAAUGGAGGAGGCAAUAUUCGAUCAAUGGUUUCCUAGAGGAUGCAGAGAUAGACGGCUUCCGAGCCUGCCUGAAACAAGCCAGAUGUAUUGAAAGACAACUUCUGAAUUACACGCCCGGUCAGGCAAUUGUCUCUGUCACCAGAGAAUCAAAUACGAAUCCGAUGGACUUGCAGAAAACGGAUGAAGCGUACCGUUACACAGGACUGUUGCAACUCUAUCGCGUAUUCCCAGAUCUACUCGUGGAGCGCUACACACCAUGGGAUAAAGCGAAUUUUCUUUCGGUGGGGCCCCCAACUUCGCGGCCUACCAGGCAAGAACAGAAUGCUUGGCUCGCCAACCUCGCACUUGAUAUUCUCGACAAGAUUAGUACAAUACCCGUCGAGUCUGGCGCGCGUUGUCUGCAUCCAUUCGUGUUUGUCGCCGUAUCGGGUGAACUUCGGUUUGAAUCAUCUAGCAACGCAGAAGAGACCUUGAUGGAUACCAAUCAAUUUAGAGCAUUUUCGACGAGUGAUACCAAGUCGGCUAUCGAGAUUGCUCAGGCGCGACAAUUCAUUCGCGCCAAAAUGUCGCUCUAUUCUGAGAUAUUGCCGGUACCCAAAAUAGGCCAUAUCUUCCAGCUGAUUCUCAAAAUUUGGAGCGCCAUGGAUGACAAACCAGGGUUCAUCUUCUGGCUGGAUAUUGUUCACCGUGACAACUUGCAUACCCUUUUAGGCUAAAUGCAUGUCAAAAGGUCGCGGUUUCAGAGCCUGAUAUUGAUCUCUGUGCCCAAGACAUUCUCUAGCCCGUUCUAUCGCGGCACUGGGAAUGAGAUACUGC